CAGAAAGCCGAAAGCGGCAUACAAUAGAAUCCUUUCUAGUACCUUCGUCCACGUGGAAACCAGUUUCUCUCGAUCUUGCCGAUGAUACGACUAUCCUCUGCCGUACCGGUCCCGGUUUUUUGGGGUGUUUUCAUGAGCUGGGGCGACUCCUGGCCGGCUAAGGGUGGUCUCUCAUGGCCUAAAUAAACAAACAAUUAUUGCGUACCAUUCCACGGUCAAUUAUAUCGCUCGUCGCCGAGUGGGGACGUUGCAAAAUCGAUUAAGUGUAACACAUAUCUAAAGUUAGUCGAGCCACGACUGACCGUGAACUUUGAGUAUCGCAGAAAUAUAUCACGUGCGUCACACAGCGGGAACCAGUUAGCUGCUAGGGUGGAAAUUCGUGGCCAUUGCGCCGGUGACCUCGUCGACCGUGGUCCAGGUUCCUGGAAGAGGAUCCAUCGACGUUGAUUUUUCGUGUUCCAAGGGCGUUCCGACGGUAAUAAUGGCAAUGAACGCUGCCAGGGCGGUUCUCAAACAGAGGCAGACCGCGUUGUUGAUCUGCGAUGUCCAGGAGAAGUUCGCCAAGGUGAUGUUCGAUUUCGACAAGAUCACGGUGAACUCGACGAAACUGAUAAACGCGUUGAAGCUCCUGGAGAUACCGGUGCUGGUGUCCGAGCAGAAUCCCAAGGCACUGGGCAAGACCAUCCCCGAAUUCGACAUUUCCGGUGCCAAAGGGCCAUUUGCGAAGACGAAUUUUAGCAUGUGCACACCAGAAAUAAACAAGGAACUAAAUACACUGUGUUGUGGAAAUAAGCCAGAAGCAAUUAUCCUGAUAGGUUUGGAAACCCAUGUGUGCAUAGAGAACACAGCGAUAGACUUGAGACAGAGUGGAUUCGAGGUCCACACUGUAGCAGACUGUUGCACUUCGCGUACCCAAGAGGACAGAAUAUUGGCUUUGGAGAGGAUGAGAGGAAUUGGAUGCCACAUAACUACCUCAGAGAAUGUGAUCUUCAAGCUACUGGGAGGUGCGGAUCACAAGGAGUUCAAAAAUAUACAAAAGCUGGUGAAACAACCAACAUUGCCCACAGGACUUGUGCCCAAAUUGUGAACUGCUAAUAGUAAAUAUUUUAUUGUGUCAUAAUGUCAUAAUCAGCCCUCGAGGCCCAUAAGCUCAAUAUUUUUAUAGUAUCUGUACAAUAAUUAAGUAUUGCAUUAUAAAUAUGGAUUUUUGGUACUUUUUUAUUAUUAAAAUAGUAAUACUCUUUAGGCAAA